CCAAAAUGAAACCGGAGCUUUUACAAACCAACACAAAUCCACAAAAUUGAGCAGAAACUUAAAACCCCUCACUUCGUCUUCUUUCUCAGUCGUCUGCAACUGCAAGUAAACACACUUGGUUAGUCCAGAAAUUAAACAGCAAAAAUGGAGUUCGUCAGCCCUGAAGGCCUCCGCUUAGACGGUCGUCGUCCCAUGGAGAUGAGGCAGCUUCGCGCAGAAAUUGGUGCCGUAUCUAAGGCUGACGGUUCAGCUGUUUUUGAGAUGGGUAACACCAAAGUUAUUGCUGCUGUUUAUGGUCCUAGAGAGGUUGAAAAUAAAUCGCAGCAGAUGAAUGAUCAGGCAUUGGUGCGCUGUGAGUAUACCAUGGCUAAUUUUAGUACUGGAGAUCGUGUGAGGAAACCGAAGGGAGACAGGCGGUCCACAGAAAUAUCUAUGGUCAUUCGACAAACCAUGGAGGCUUGCAUAUUGACAAAUCUGAUGCCUCGGUCACAGAUUGACAUCUUUGUCCAAGUUCUCCAAGCUGAUGGAGGAACUAGAUCUGCAUGCAUUAAUGCAGCUACCCUGGCUCUAGCAGAUGCUGGCAUUCCAAUGCGUGAUCUGGUUACGUCAUGUAGUUCAGGGUAUCUUAAUACCACUCCACUCCUUGAUCUAAACUAUGUGGAAGAUAGUGCUGGAGGCCCUGAUGUUACUGUAGGAUAUUUACCUAAAUUGGAAAAAGUUACACUUCUUCAGAUGGACGCUAAGUUGCCAGUGGAUACGUUUGAAACUGUAAUGCAGCUUGCUAUAGAGGGCUGCAAGGCAGUUGCCAAUUACAUCCGAGAAGUAUUGCUCGAGAACACUAAGCAAUUGGAGUAUCGACGAGGCGUAUAGUUAAUGAGCAGCAAGCAUUGAGCUACAGAUUUGUAGAGGCCUGAAUUGGUUUUGGGUAGUUUGGAUUGUGCUUGGCCAGUAAAAUGAUGUGAAUCAUGGAAUUGUUGCACAAAUGUUGUAUAAGUGAAUCAUGACCAUCCUUUUCACACCAAAAGAAAAAGUGAAUCAUGACCAUGUUUGCAACUUCUGGGAUUAUUCUUGAUAUUACCUGAAACUUAAGAUUUUUUACAUCAAGCAUGACAUUUUUGUACAUCAAUGAGCUUUGGUCCCA